GUUGACCCAAUUGAGAGAAGCCCAGCCCAACCCAUCCUAGUAAACCCUAUCAACUAGGGCUCUCUCUUUCUCUUUCGCUUUCUCUCACUUGUUGCAGCAACAUCAGCUGCUGCCAUGGUGAAGUAUUCGAAGGAACCCGUCAAUCCCACCAAGUCUUGCAAGGCUAGGGGCUCCGAUCUUCGAGUUCAUUUUAAGAACACAAGAGAGACAGCCCACGCAAUUCGGAAGUUGCCAUUGGCCAAGGCUAAAAGGUAUUUGGAGGAUGUUCUUGUACACAAACAAGCCAUUCCGUUCACUCGUUUCUGCAGAGGAGUAGGGCGAACUGCUCAAGCAAAGAACCGCCACUCAAAUGGGCAAGGACGUUGGCCUGUUAAAUCUGCAGGAUUUAUUCUGGAUUUACUCAAAAAUGCUGAGAGUAAUGCAGAAGUCAAAGGCUUGGAUGUCGAUUCACUUUACAUAUCUCACAUCCAGGUAAACCAGGCUCAGAAGCAGAGACGUCGAACCUACCGUGCUCAUGGAAGAAUUAAUCCUUACAUGUCAUCUCCCUGCCACAUUGAGUUGAUUUUGUCUGAAAAGGAAGAAACUGUCACGAAGGAGCCUGAGACCCAGUUGGCUCCAAGGAAACCCAGAAAGAAUCAUGCUCUAAGAAGUGGUGCUUCCUCUUGAAUGAUAGAGCGGUAGAUUGGUUUACAGGAAGUUCGAAAAUUUUAACUUUUUGUCCUUAGUUUCAUGGGAAUAUUUUGUGUUGCUUUAUUAAGGAUAUUUUUCAUUGAAUUUUGUUUCAUGGCUUCUUUCUAUCACUAUCCGUGGAAAGAUCAGAACUUGAUAUGAAUCUUCAUCAUUUCACUACUGAGCAGUGUCUUUUUUAUGCUUUCAUAAUAUAUCUUUCUUUCAGAAUAAA